CGCCAUUUAAGGAACUGAGUGAAGAUCUCGACCCCUCGUGGCCAAAUGAGAGACGAACGCCAACUGUCACGUGAGGCUGCAGCAACGUGACCAAACGGGAAGUGAGACACAAUACCAAAACCGAGCACUUCUGAUAAACACGUCUGGUUUGUCCCGACAACAGUCACUGGUCUGUCCGUCGGUACGGAGCUGGACAGCCUGAAACACAGCAGGUUGGAGUCCAGCGGGAUUUAGGAGGCAGACAGGCAGUUAUGGGCUCCAUGUUUCGCAGUGAGGAGGUGUGCCUGGUGCAGCUCUUCCUUCAGUCCGGCUCGGCCUACAAUUGUGUCAGUGAGCUGGGAGAACUGGGCCUGGUUGAGUUCAGAGAUUUAAAUCCUAACGUGAACGCCUUUCAGAGGAAGUUUGUCGGCGAGGUUAGACGAUGCGAGGAACUUGAGAAAACUUUAAGCUUCCUGGAGCAGGAGAUCAAUCGCUCCCUGUCUCCACCCUUGCAGUGUCCCCUCCCUCCUCCAUGCCCGACGCCUUUGGCCCCUCAGCCCCGUGAACUCAUCACCAUAGAAGAGGAGUGCGAGAGGCUGGCCCGAGAGCUCAAAGAGGUGUCCAGGAACAGAGACAGCCUCCGGGCUCAGCUGACCCAGCUCAGCCAGUACCAAGGAGUCCUGACCAGGACGCACUCUCUCACAGCCUUACAGGCACCACCACCUGUACUGGAAAGCCAAGGUCUGUUUGAUAACCGCCAAGAUGUCCACCUCAGUUUCGUGGCUGGAGUGGUCCAUCCUUGGAAGGUCCCCUCAUUUGAACGGUUGUUAUGGCGGGCAUGUCGCGGUUACACCAUCGUGGAUUUCAGAGAAAUGGAGGAUCGACUCGAGCAUCCGGUCACGGGGGAAAUGGUGCAAUGGACAGUGUUCCUCAUCUCCUAUUGGGGAGAUCAGAUCGGACAGAAGGUCAAGAAGAUAUGUGAUUGCUUUCGCACACAGACAUUUGCAUACCCUGAGAGCACUGCUGAGAGAGAGGAGAUUCUCCAGGGACUUCAAAGCAGAAUUGAAGAUAUCAAAUCAGUCUUGUCACAGACCGAGUCCUUCCUGCAGCAGCUGCUGAUGCGGGCAGUAGCUGUGUUGCCCCAGUGGAAGGUGCGUGUGCAGAAGUGUAAGGCGGUCCAGAUGGUUUUGAAUCUCUGCAGCCCCUCGGUCACAGACAAAUGCUUGAUCGCUGAGGCCUGGUGUCCCGUUGGCAAGCUUCCUGAACUGCAGAGCGCUCUGAGAGAGGGAGGGAGAAAGAGUGGCAGUGGUGUCGACUCUUUCUACAACCGCCUGCCUUCCUCCACCGCUCCACCUACCCUGUUUCCCAUCAACUCCUUCACAGCUGGUUUCCAGAACAUUGUUGAUGCCUACGGAGUGGCCAGCUACCGUGAAGUCAAUCCAGCGGUGUACACCAUAAUUACAUUCCCCUUCCUGUUUGCUGUGAUGUUUGGGGAUGUGGGUCAUGGUUUACUGAUGACUGUGGCUGCCCUCUGGAUGGUCCUUGAGGAGAAGGACCCUAAACUAAAGAGCAACAACAAUGAGAUCUGGAGGAUGAUGUUUGGAGGACGGUAUCUGAUUCUGCUGAUGGGACUGUUCUCUAUCUACACGGGGGCCAUUUACAACGAGUGCUUCAGCAGAGGCCUCACUACCUUCAACUCAGCGUGGCACGUCGGCCCGAUGUUCGAGAAGAACAUUUGGAAUUCAUCAGUCCUCGCUGGCAACCAGUACUUGUCCAUGGAUCCCGUUGUGUCUGGUGUUUUCACCAGCCCCUAUCCAUUUGGCAUUGACCCGGUCUGGGGGCUGUCCAACAACAAACUAACUUUCCUUAACUCGUACAAGAUGAAGAUGUCAGUCAUCAUCGGUGUCAUACACAUGACUUUUGGAGUCUGCUUGUCAUUCUUUAACUACUGGCACUUUGGUCAGAUAAGCAGUGUGUUCUUUGUGCUGAUCCCUGAGCUGUUCUUCAUGGUGUGUCUGUUUGGCUACCUGGUGUUCAUGGUGGUCUUCAAGUGGAUCGCCUACACUCCCGCCCAGUCCAAAAUCGCUCCGAGUAUACUUAUCCACUUCAUAGACAUGUUCCUCUUCACAGACAACCCUGAGAACCCAAAGCUCUAUGAAGGACAGAUUGUGGUGCAGAAGAUCCUGGUGGUGCUGGCCCUGUGCUCUGUCCCGGUCCUCCUGCUCGGGAAGCCCAUGUACGAAUACAUCACAUUCAAGAGAAGACGACGUCACAUUCAUCAGGAGGAAGAAAGACAUCCGCUGGUGGUCGAUGAAGGCUCCAUCAACACUUGUCAGGGGGAGGUGGAGGGAGGAGCUGCUGAGGAGGAGGAGUUUGAUGCUGCAGAUGUGUUCAUGCAUCAGGCCAUCCACACCAUAGAGUACUGCUUGGGCUGCAUCUCCAACACCGCCUCUUAUCUCCGACUCUGGGCUCUCAGUUUGGCGCACGCACAGCUGUCAGAGGUGUUGUGGGUGAUGGUGAUGCGUAUUGCGCUGAAAUGGGAGGGAUAUGUGGGAUCUGUAGUCCUCUUUGUGGUUUUUGCCUUCUUUGCUAUGUUGACUGUCUCCAUCCUGCUGGUUAUGGAGGGACUCUCAGCCUUCCUGCACGCACUCCGUCUGCACUGGGUGGAGUUUCAGAACAAGUUCUACAGUGGAUCAGGCUACAAGCUGAGCCCUUUCUCUUUCUCAUAUCUGAUCAAUCCAUCAGCUCCAAUAUGAUCGGCAAAACCCUUUCUUAGGAUUGCCAAAAGGUUAUGUUAACUUAUGUAUGUUAUUGAGUACUUGGACUACAACUACACACAGAAUGACUUUGUCUCUCCGUCUUAACAAUGGUGUUCUAACGCCUGUAGGCUAUGAAUGGUUUAAUUGACUUGCACAAUGAUCACGAUGCUAAAGACUGUUAUUUUUGCAUCAGUAGAAUGAGCCCUAUAUAAUGAAUUAUAAUUGCAUUAUAGGAAAUGAAAAAAUAUACUUUUGUAUCCCCUUUCUAAUUUUGUUUCACUAUCAGUGUUAUGCACUGCUUUUUAAUUAAUCCUUUAGUAACUCAAAACAUAGUUAUCAUUAAGUUUUCACUGUAUGAACAUGUAUUAAAGACAUCAGUUAUGAAAAGGGAAAACACACCAUUAAUGAUUGUUCUGCAGUUUAAGGGAAGGUAUGAUUGUGGAUUUGGUAUACGUAUUGUGCUUUGAUAAGCCAGCCCUGUAGGAUUCUUCAAAUGAUAUCAGGGAGUUAUCUUAAUGAUUUUCAUGAGCCAAAGAUACUUUUCUUUUAUGUCUUCCAAGCACACAAAGGUAUGUAUUGGUAGCAAAAGUUUUUUCAGGUGCCUUACUGGAACUGACUGCUUGUUUAUCCAUUAAUUAUUUUGGGCAGAUCGUAACCUCCAUUAUCAUGCCACUAUUUUGAACAAAACUCUGCUUGGACAUUUCUCUUUUUUUCCUGCCUGUUUGCAUUGUAAAAUGGAUCAAAUUUGAACUGAAAUUAAAUAUGAUUUUCUUGUUUAA